CAUAACACGAGCCUAUUUAUCUUCCUAAUUUAGAGGUUUUUUUCCAUUUGUGUUUGGAUCUCUACAUUGAUUUGAAGCAAUCACUUCUCCAUUAAGACAUUUUUUGCACAAACAAAAUGAAUUGUUAAAUGGCCUACCAAUUGACCUUCCAUGCCUAUUCGGCAUACCCAUUACACACCAAGUUGCAAUUGCUAGUUAAAAUCAGCUUAGAAACAAGAAAAUGGAAAUAGAAAAGUUGAAAUUUGCCGUAUAUUACAGCUGGGAAGCCAAGUAUCGCUCCUGAUUUACAGAAACAAAUAGAUGACUGUAAUCCCACGUUUGAGGAUGAAGUGGGCGAUGGUGUUUGAUAGUCAUUGUGGAAGAUUUAUAGUUAGAAUACUUACACAUGUAUUUACCACACAAUCUGCUGUAGAGUCUAGUACGCAUCUUCAAUUAUAAUAGUGGGAUGCCAUCCGCAGGCCAUCUCAAUCUUAAAGCCUUGCGUUGGUUGAAGGAGACACCAACGACUUAUGGGGGAUUUGCAUUUGCUGCGCACAAUUUUUUCCAAAAUAAGCUUAUCGACAUGUAUGUCAAAUGCAGGAGUUUGAUUAAUGCGCGUAAAGUGUUUGACGAAAUGACAGAGCGAGAUGGCUUCUCAUGGAAUGUGAUCAUUGCAGCUUACCGAAAAUGUGAGUAUCCUCACGAGGCAUUGACUCUGUUUCAUCUAAUGCAACACACAGGUGUCCAACCAGACGAAUUUACGUUAGCUAGCAUACUCCCAGCCUGUGCCAAGGUACGAGCUUUGGAACAGGGCAUGGACAUCCAUCAAAGAAUAAUCCAAAGAGGAUUUUUGUCAAAUGUUAUAGUUGCAAGUGCCUUGAUAGACAUGUAUGUAAAAUGUGGAAGUCUUCAGAUGGCGCGCAAACUGUUUGACAAUACUCCUCAAAGAAAUGUGGUUUCGUGGAAUGGAAUGAUUGCAGGGUAUGCUCAAAAUGGUAUUCUCGACAAGGCUUUAAGGCUUUUCGAAGAUAUGCCUAGUCGAGACGUGGUUUCAUGGAAUACAAUGAUUACAGGAUAUGCUCAAAAUGGUGCUCUUGACGAGGCUCUAAGGCUUUUCCAAAAUAUGCCUCAAAGAAAUGUGAUCUCAUGGAAUGCAAUGAUUGCAGGAUAUGCACAAAAUGGUGUUCUUGAUGAGGCAUUAAGGCUUUUCAAAGAAAUGCCUGAAAGAGAUGUGGUUUCAUGGACUGCAAUGAUUGCAGGAUAUGCACAAAAUGGAAACCUUGGGGAGGCUUCAAGGGUUUUCAAAGAAAUGCCUCAGAAAAAUGUGGUUUCAUGGAAUGCUAUCAUUGCAGGAUAUACACAAAAUGGGCUUGUUGAAAAGGCCUUGGAGACUUUUAAGCAAAUGCAAUCAGCAGGUGUACAGCCAAACUCAAAAACCUUUGCUAGCAUCCUCCCAGCUUGUGCUGAAAUGGGAGCUUUGGAACAUGGUAUGGACAUCCAUCAAAAUAUUCUCGAAACGGGUAUUUUUUCAAAUGUUGUAGUUGUCAGCGCCCUGGUAGACAUGUAUGCAAAAUGUGGAAGCCUACAAAAAGCACGCGAACUGUUUGAUAAAAUUUCUCAGCGAGACUCAAUCUUAUGGAGUGCAAUGAUUGCAGGAUAUGCAAUGCAUGGCUUUUACAAGGAUGCGUUUGAACUCUUUACAAUAAUGAAGCUCUCUGGAAUAUACCCUGACCAUGUUAGCUUCGGCUGUGUUUUACUUGCAUGUAGCCAUGCAGGUUUAGUGAAUGAAGGAUGUAAGUACUUCAACAGUAUUUGUGACUCUUAUUGCAUUAUACCUUCAAUGGAUCAUUAUGUAUGCAUGGUUGACCUUCUUGGCCGUGCUGGUUAUCUCGAGGAAGCUCUAAAUUUUAUCAUCAAAAUGCCAAUUGAACCUGCAGUGGUUGUGUGGACAUGUUUACUCGGCUCUUGUAGACUACAUAAGACUAUAGGGCUGGGAGAAUUUACAGCAACUCUUCUUUUUGGGCUGGAUCCAAAAAAUUCUACACCUUACAUUCUCUUGUCAAACAUCUAUGCAGAACUGGGCAGGUGCAGUGAUGUUCAAAGGAUAAGGAAAUUGAUGGAAAACAGAGGAAUAAAAAAGGUACCUGGAUGUAGUUGGAUUGAAGUUCAGAAAGUGGUACAUGUGUUUUCUGUAUUCAACACAUCAUACCCACCUACAUAGGAAAUCAAUGCAAGGUUGAAGAGAUUGUCUUGGGAAAUUAAGAUGGCGUUUUCCAGAUUCAAGACAUGUACUGAACGUUGUAAAGAAGAGAAAAGCUUGCAUUUGAAUUACUUAAAAUCUAUCUCGAAUACAAAUUUUAGAUUCGUCAAGAACUUUCCUGCAUGUUUUGAGUACCACGCUGCCAGCUUGUUUCUUCAUUUCAAUUGAGGAAAAUUGUCAUGGAGAUUAUAUCAAGCUAGCUAUAAACAUUGGCUUGCACUGUUACAAGGUACAUUGUGUCAGACUUCCAGAGAAAAGAAGUAAUCAGGAGGCCUAUACAUCUUAGAAACGAAAAAUUGGAGGUGGCAGGGAACGGCAAAUGUUAAAAGAGAAACGCUGGAAAGAAAUGGAAAGUGCUUGCCAGUUGAAAAUGUGAGACAAAGGUUUAGUAUUAAGUACUGGUAAAUAAUGUUGAGAAGGUGUUAUAUAUCUUGUAUUAAAUAUUUUCUAUGUUGUAAUUGGGCAAUAUUUUUUUUAGGGAGGUUUUAGGUGACAUUGUAAAUGUAUUAAAUUUGGGUUAUAAAUUGAGGAGAGAGACAACUUAUUGGGCUUAUUGAAGAAAUGCAUUUAAUAUUCUUAGUUAUUGUAAAAUGUGUUUAGUGUUGUAAAGUAAAAAACAUUUAAUGCUUAGGGCACAUGUUGCAAGCUGAUUUGGUUUGAGAGAGCAAAGGAGCCACCAUGGAGAUGUUUGAGCACUAAUUAUUUGUCCAUUGAUUAACUU